CACUCGCGCGCGCCGGAGACACAUCCACAGCCACGCAGCCAUGGCGGCCGCCCGCAGCUGCGCCUGCUGGCUGCUCUGCGUGCUGUGCGCGCCCCGCCUGCUGGUCCACGGGGCGGAGUCUUCGUGCUGCGCCAGAGCGUCCGGCUCCUGCAGGUCUGCUUGCGCCGAGAUGUCGCUGGUGGAGGCGGCGGCUGACGCGACAACCCGCGAGGAGUCUGUCAGGCGCAUACAGGACUUCUGCCCGUCGCAGCUGGAAUCCUUCUGGGAGUGCCUGAAUAAGACUCUAGAUGACAUGAGGGCGGGCGACGGCUGGUCGGGGCGGGCGUGCUGCUCGCUGCCGCAGCUGCGCGCCUGUCAGCUGGCCUGCGUGACCGCGGCGUCGCGGCGCCAGCUCGCCCACAGCUGCCGCCGCAGCGACGAGCUGGCCUUCUUCUCGUGCCUGGGCCGCCAGCAGCUGGGAGACGACUGCUGCCGGCGAGCCACGAGCGGCGACUGCGCGCAGGCGUGCCGGGCCGUGUUCAGGAGCCGCCACACGCCCAGCGCGCAGCUGCGGGCCACAGUCACCGACAGCUGCGGCCCGCGCGUGCUGCAGUGCGUGGCCAACUUCACGCACCUCACCACGGCCGACAACCCGCUUGCUUAUCUCCACUGCUGCGAGCUGGCGGAGCGCAAGGAGUGUCGCAGCGUGUGCCGCGCCGUGCUGCGCACCAAGACCACCAACCAGGAGAUAGUCGACAGCUUGGUGGAAGAGUGCGGCGACCCUCUGCCUCACGACCGCCUGUGGCAGUGCUUCCUCAGCAACCCGGCCCCUGUGGAGGCCUCGCGCAUCGACCGCCUGGGCAUGGACUCGGCCAAGAUGCACUGCUGCGGCAAGGCGGUCGACCAGGACUGCCGCCGCCUCUGCGUCCGAUCCUUCUCCAACGAGUGGUCGCACCUGUGGGACGACUUCAGCAGCCGGUGCCUGUCCCCGGCCCGCAUCUCCGAGGACGCGCUGCGACACUGCAUCGACGAAGUGGACGAGCCGUGCGAGCUGGGCUGCGACGGCCUCAGCUACUGCACCAACUUCAACAACCGGCCGACGGAGCUGUUCCGCAGCUGCGGCCAGGCGGCGGACGAGGCAGCGCGCCUCGACGUGGCCCUGUGGCGGCAGGAGGGACGCCUGCAGCUGCCGCAGCUGCAGCUGCCGCUGCUCAACAUCUCUGCCUGCUCGCCGGGGCUGUGGAAGGCCGUCGCCUGCGCGCUGCAGCUGAAGCCCUGCGACCGCUACACCCACGUGGACCGCGUGUGCAGGAGCGACUGCCUCGAGCUGCUGGGCCGGUGCGUGGACUGGGGCAGGCUGCACGCCACCAACCACACCACGCGGUCCCUGUGCGCGCUGCUGUCGUACGAGGACCCCAGCAUCCCGUGCAUCUCGCUGGCCCGGUUCCUGCAGCCCAGCGGCGCCGCGCGCGAGGCGCCCCGGGACUCGGUGACCUCGCCGUGCCGACCCUCGCCCUGCAACAGCUCCCAGGUGUGCCUGGUGAACCACGACUGCUCCCCGGGGCGCCGGUGCGCCCCCUACUCCUGCAAGCCAGGCUGCAAGCUGGGAGAGGUGUCCCAGUACAUGGUGCCCGCUGGGACCCUGGUGCUGGUGCCUCUCAGCAGGUCGGGUCUGCUCAGGAGCUGCCACUCGGUGUGCCAGUGCUCGGCCAGCGGAGCCAUAGAGCACUGUGAGCCCCUGCCCUGCAUCCAGAUGGACUCGUGCCUCUACGGCAUCUACAAGAUCAAGCAUGGGGUGACGUACCCCACCGACUGCAAGGACGUCAGCUGCUACGCCGGGGAGCUGACGUUCAGCAAGAAGAAGUGCAGGAGCUCGUCGUCGGAGGGCGUGGACCGGGACUUCACCAGCUUGCCCUGCAACUGCCCGCCCUCGUACGAGCCGGUGUGCGGCCGCAACGGAGUCACGUACCCCAACCCCUGCCUCGCCAGGUGCAACGGUCUGGCGGACUCGGACUUCAGGUUCCAGCCGUGCUCGAGUACCAACCCGUGCGACCUGAAGCCGUGUGGGGAAGGCCAGACGUGCUACGUGGCGCGCAAGGCGUGCCUCUCUCUGCAGCAGGGCGUGCCGUGCAAGCAGUACAUGUGCGUGGACAACGCCGUGGCGUGCCCGGAGGUGCCCUACUCGCCCGUGUGCGACACGGAGGGCCAGGAGCACCCCAACAUCUGCUACCUGCGGCAGUACGGCCGCGCGCUGGCCUACACCGGCCGCUGCCUGACGAACUGCGCCCGCGAGGGGCCCGUGUGCGGGGUCGACGGGGAGACCUACGGGUCGCAGUGCGCCGCGCACGCCGCCCGGGUGAGCGUGGACUAUGCGGGGGAGUGCCGCGCCGUGGGGCUCGUCUCGGAGGAGGCUCGGCCGCAGUGCGGGGCGGCCGUGAGCUGCCCGGCCCCCGCUCCGCCGGGCUGCCCCGGGGUGACUCCCCCCGGGGCCUGCUGCCCCCAGUGCGGCGGCGCAGUGCGGCUCCUGUACAGCCGCAGGCAGGUAGACCGCCUGCCGCGCCGCGCCGAGGCCGCGCUGUCCGUGUCGGCCGUGCUGGCCGCGCUGGAGCGCCACGUGCAGGUUGGCGUGACUGGCGCAGGUGGCGGAGUGCGCGGUGCGCGGGCACCUCACGCUCGAGGCGGAGUUGCUGCUGCUGGUGCAGGCCGUGCCGGCACGCCCCUCCGCGCUGCAGCUGGAGGCGUGCGUGGGCGAGGCAGACAAGCUGGCCCACCUGGUGCGCGAGGCCAGCCCCCGGCUGCGCAGCGACCUGGGCCUCAGCGUGCUGACGUCCGCCCGCGUCUGCACGGCUGCCUCCGGCGCGCGGCGUGCCCUCCUGCCGCCCGCCGUGCUGCUGAUGCUGCUGCUCGCGGCGCGGCUCUAGCCCGCCCUGCUCCACGGGGGUACAGGUCCGCUCGUGACCAGCGCAUCUCAUCCAGUUCGUAAAAACGACCGAAAUAUUGUUUCUCAAAGAAACAAUUAAUAAAUUUCCAAUAACUAGGGACCGGAAAAAAAUUGCGGUUUUCGAUGACCUGCAGGAUGAACUCCGUAGUUCUACGUACACUCGGUCAAAUUUGGCUUGAUGUCUUGUGAGACAUCCCAACGUAGCAGCCCGUGAUUCGAUGAAGCUUUGCUCGGGCGUUUAUCAUCGGCCCGGAGUCAUCCAGGGUGAGUUGUGAGCCAAUGGCAGAGGCGGCACUGAGGUGUAACGAUUUUGUAUUUUAAGCCUACCGCGAAACGAAUUCGUGAAUUUUUUCCCGGUCUCUACUGACAACAGAUUAAUACAUGUAAGUUUGCAAAGUAAAUUGGCUUGUUGGUGAUGACUGUACAACUUGUUGGUAGGCACCUAAAGCCAGAUUACAAUAGCCUGUUACCUCCGUACGUCACUCUUUUUGUCUACCAACGCUACGCACCCGAUCAAGCAAUUUACAACUUUAUCCGACCGGUUUAAGCGUCAUUUGUUAUUGACUCUAGAUUAAACACUUGUCACGGAAAAGUUUUGGUAUACUUGUUACAGACAAAUAACUUUGUCCACUAAGGUAUGUGAAAUACUUGUUUUUGUGACAGACAACUUGUGAUCACAAGUGCUUAUUUCGUACAAUCGUUGUUUACGAGACUUGUAUCUUUGUGGAACCAGGUCCCUGAUACUCUAUGUUUGCCCUGCAACCACGGAGAAUUACUUAUUUGCUCAAGCUCCCACAGUGCUCAAUUUGUGUGGCAGUAACCAGCUAGUGGUUAUGCCGUAUACAAUACGUGUAGUAAGUUUGAACUGUUGAAUUUUAAUACCUUGUUUCUUUGUUGUGAAUAUGUAUUUUUAUUGGUUAAAGUGAAUUUUAGACGGAGGCAAAAUGUGAAGAAAAAUGUGUGACCUUGACGUGUGUUCCCUGGAUCCUAGGUAAAACAACAGCUUAUCAGAUCUGCAAAGAUAGUCAACAGUAGAUAUUUAUAUUGCUUGCACUACUUCAGUUCAUUCACAGACCACUUGAAAGGAAGGUCUCAGUCAGAACUUGCCUCACUAGAAGUGUCACAGUGUCCCACGAGAGUGGUAAGUUGAUGGGCUGCUCAUUGUUUUGAGUAAAAAAUUAUACAACACAUGGUAUAAAAUGUACCACAAAAAUGACGGUAGACAUUCGUGGAACAACAUAUGCUUGUUAUAUCCAUAGAAAUGCAAUACAAGUCUAACAUUAGAUGCACUCUCUUUCCAAAUGUGUCUCAAUUUUUUCACGUGAUAUCGCGAAAACUUUAUGCUAUGGGGGAAAUUUAUUUCAAAACUACAUGUUCUGCACCUGAACUGCAUCACUUAUGCCACGUUUGACCAUUAUUUUCCAAUUCAUCCUGAGCCUAGCCAUCCUUCUCUCUCACAUUUCCUUUUUUUUCCUUCUUUCCAGAAUUGUCCUUUUUCUUCACCCAUGUUCUUCCAGAGCAAGAGCAAGUGCACGUGUAGUUUGUGGCAGCAUAUCUGCGACAUUCUCUCUCUCCUCUGGCUGUUAACAAUAGCCCCUUCUCGCCUUAUCACUCUUCCCCCCUGACACACAAGUCAUGGCUCAUGUGCUGCAGUUUCCUUCAACUAACUCUGCUCGCUGCUUUAAAAAAAGGCAAUUCAAAUCACUUUCUCUUGCAACAAACAGCACCAGAUAAGCUCGCGUCGUCGCACCACUGCCCUUGGACCUGGAAGGGAGGGAUCGGAACAGUGUGGGUUGGUCGGCGGGAGAAACAACGUUGGGAAUGGGCGCCAGGAGGUGGGUCAGGGCAGAGCACGGGGAAGAGGGACCCCGGGGAUGAUGGGUACUUCCGGCGUGAGACGAAGGGCUUUGCGGGGACGGACGCACACGCCCGGUUAGCACCAGUCCGGACCGCUGGCCCCCGGAACACUAGACACUACACGGGACACGUUUGCGUGGCUGUAAAGAUCAGGCAAACCACGUUUAAAACACUUGUCGCAAGGUCCAACUGCUGUUUAUCGGACACACCCGAACAUUCUCUGCGCCCAACGCGAUGCCAGAUAAACCUAAACCUGUAUUAAUGCACAUUCGGCACUGGCAUCGCCGUCCACACGAAGUGUCUGUCUGAUCACUGUACGAGCUCACUUACACAUCGUCCAUUAAGUAGUUGAGAUGUCUGGGGUGUACCAGAAGGGAAGCGAAACGCGGAGCUGCCGCCUGACGCGUUUCCCUGUUGCCAAUCUGUCAGGCAGAGACUCCAAGCUGCGCUUCGACACACACUACUACCAACCCUCGGCACCGUGUCGAAGGCUACAAAACUAUGGCGCACUAGCUAAAAUAAUAAUGCAUACAUAUAUAACUCACUUGCUAAACCCCUAACACUAAAACACUGAGGCAGGGCAGUGAUGUUCCAUAAUGGUCUCAAAGCAAAUGAGGAAAAUGGAGUUGCGCAUCACUGUAAAUACCAUAUAAUUUUUCUAAGAUUUUUAAAGUCAACCUGAAAGUGCAUUACAAAACUCUUGUGAUAUCUGGUACUCAUAUUAGCAAUGUUCCAUUGUAUGACAGAUUGUUGGAAGAUGUACUGUAAACCAACAACAGUACAUUUCCGUUGAUUUUCAAUAAUGUAUGCCUAGAGAAAAGAAAAAUAAUUAUAUCUAUUACCAUUGUUAUUGAAUCAUAGAGAUGUUAUAUUAUUUUAUAAACCUAUUUUAAAACUCUGGAUGCAUCCUAAAUGCAUUAUAAACUAAAAAAAUAUUUUUGUACUCUUUCAAGAUUAGGAUCAUAUUGACAUGAAAUCAAUAUUAUCAACAAUUAUUUUUAAAUUAUUUUUAUAACUACUCCAUGGAAGCUUGCUGCACAUUUCCCGAAGGCCUACUAGUGUUUUAUUUAUUGCUAUUCAUUUCUGUUAUUUUAAAAGUUGAUCUGUCAUCUUUAGUGUCUAUAUCUGAACUAAAAUAUGUUUUUUAAUAUGUGAAACAUAAAUAAUAUUUUCUUGACUACUUGAUAAAAAAAAAUAUUAAUGCCAAUGGUUUAUAAAGAGACCUUUUACAAAUGUUAGAAUCUGAAAUAUGCCAAAUAAAUAACUGUGAUAAACAAGAUUAUGGCAGUCGCUCAGUAAGCUGAAAUGCCAAAGAUGUACAUAAUGAGUGUGCAGUUUUAUACUUUACUGCAUUUUGUACAAAGUAUUUAUUAAUUUUAAACAGUGUACAUAUUAUUUGGAAUAGAUUAUUCUUUAGCUAUUAUUUUAAGUAUUGCUAGUCUUGUGCCAUUGAAUAAAAGUGUGAAUGAAUUGUUUUUUGAAUACAAAAUGUUUAUUAAUGAAUAUGUUAAGGGUAAUGCUAGAAAAAAUAAAACUAGAUUUUUACACAGGUUAACUUAACAUUAUCCAAGUUGGAUCGGUAAUGUCUGAAUAAUCACUCAAAUAAUUUUUAAUUUGGUAUGUGUACCUGGGUAAUGUUAGAAAAACAAAAAUUAUUGAUAACUUUAGUUUAAUUUAAUGAAUUUAACAACCAACUAAACACAGAUACCGUAAUUAAAAAUACCUAUUUAAAGUAUUUUAAUGAGAAUGUUCGUAAUAAAUGUAAUCCAAAUUAUAAUUAUGACAAUAAUCCACAAAGUGGCACUUUCACAAAAUAGUUUUUAUGUUGUUAUUAAUAACAAAGAAAUUGUUAUUUAUUUUAAUUACGAUAAACUGCCAUGACUCUACAAAUGACAAAGUUUUCCUGCAUACAUGCAUUUACACUUCUUUGUAGCACAUUUUGUUUUAUAAUUACAUUUUUUUAUAGCCUUGACCACCUGAAAGCUAUUGUUCAUUUGCAAGUUGUCUUUUUUUUUUUCUUCCAGGAGAAACAUUUUCAGUAUUAAUCAUUUAUCCUCACAAACAGAAAACUGGUUCUUUAAGAAAAUUUUCUUACAGUUUCAUGUUGUUUGUGCGUUGUUAAAGUAAAAUCAAUGCGAUCCCUUCACAGCCAAUAAUAAAUCUUGAAACUUUUUAUAAAAAUGAUCACUUAACACUGCACGUGCAUUAUUCUGUUUGGCCAAGUGCCCAAAGAAUAUUACCCAGUCAUUGUCGGGUAGACCUAGGUGUAUGCAGGGAAAUGCCAAUUUCACAUUUAUUUUAAUAAUCAUUCAGACUUUACCCAACAAAACUUAGAUAAUGCUAAGUUAACCCGGGUAAACCUAGGAUUACCCGUGGCAAAUAUAUUAACUACAGAGACAAUAACUUUAUUCACAUGUGUGCCAGAAUUAAUAGAUAAUUACUACAAUGCUGUGUGUUGCUACUGUCCCGUCACUCAUUUAGGGCGCGGUUACACGGGACCCUGAACUACUUCAGGUGAACAUGUUUAAGUAAACACGUUUACAAACGCGAAAGUGUGCGGUUACACGGUAGUUGCUGAAAAGUGUGUUUAGCUCUAAAACCGAUUGUCUACUGUCAACGAAUGACUGUGUUGUUGAUCUCUAUUUUUUAAUUGCAUCCAGAAAACGCGGGAUUUUCUCACUUGUUUAUACAGCAGUAUCAGCAGAAAUGAAAUGUGUUUACAUAUUGCUCAAUAUUUUUUUACAAAUCGGGAAUUCAAACAUGCACAGUAAAAUUUUUAAACUUAUUUUUUAUUAUUUUUUGAGCGAGAGUACCUAUCUCAGUUUUAAGAAAAUUAAGGUCAGGAUAAAUUAAAAAAUAUAUGUAAUUAUCUGUUGGUUUUUUUUUGUUGCAUUCGGUAAAAUAUUACUCGAACUUGUGCCAGAAACACUUUCCAUCUAGAAUUUCUGCAUAAGACUGUUUAUAUUCUAACCAGCCAAUCAGAGGCUAAUGUAGAAGAUAUGUCGAUCUGAACUACUUUGCCAACCUGUUUAAGUUAAAUGAGAAAUGGCCUCGAACGAAACAUGUUCAGACUGUGUGUAACCGCACUCAACAGCUAAACAUGUUCACCUGAAGUAGUUCAGACUCCCGUGUAACCGCGCCCUUACUGUGAAACCAACACACGCCAUGGCUUGGUUACAUCUACCAUUGUGAUGCAUAACCUGAUGAGUGGGUGCUUGAUCCAGUAAUUACCUGAGACCUGAAGUAGCAUUUUGUUCGAUACAUUCAGAGAAAACUUGAUUCAUUGAAAAUCACAGUUGACACCACAGGACAACACAAGUUAACAAGAAAGAAACCCAAAGGGCAUUAUAAGUUUAUCAUCAAAUUGGUAGAAGACAACCAGCGUGGAAAUUAUUUUUCUGGCAAUUUUUUUCUUGUUUUAAGUUGGUAGAGCAGAUAUGAAUGCAAGCAUGCAGGUUUUAUUGUUAAUUACCAAAAAUAUGUUUGUUACCAUUUACACUUUUAUAAGAUCUUAAGAUGUUUUAUUGAUAAAAAAUUUCUGUAAAUGUGAUAAAAAGAUGUUUAUAAUAAAAUUUUAUAAAACA